AUGUAUUUCUUCGAAAAUAACAUCAAAAGUGCAAUAUUUUUAUUAGAAAUUCUAAACUUUAUUGAAACAAUUCAAUUUUUAUCAACAAAUUCUUCUGCUGGAAAAUUCGAGGAAUUUUUGAUGAUAUCUGAAAUGUCUGAAAAUCCAACAAGAAUUUGUGUGGAAUUUUUUGAAUCGCAAAAAUAUCGAUUUUUUGAGGAUAUACAAUCUGAAGGAAUUCAAGAAUUAAGAAAGGAAAAUCAAAUGAAAUUCGAGAAAAAAAUAGAGGAAGGUGAUGAGAUUUAUAUAGCUUUUGAAAUGUGAGUUGAUUAGAAAAUUCUGAAAUUGAAAUUGAAAUUGAUGUUGCAGAAAAAAUGUGACAAUUCCAUCAUCUAUUCAAUUUCCAGUAUCAAAUGAUAAAUAUUUUGCAAAAAUCGAAAUAUCAUCAGAUUUAAAUGUUGAAUUAUCAAGUGAUGUUGAUUUGAAAGUUCCAUCGAAAAAUAUGAAAUUUGAAUCGAGUUCUUCUAAUUUUUAUGAAUUCAAUAUUCGAUUUUCUGAUGGAAAAGUAUAUUUAUCAAAUAUUGAAAAUGGAAAAAAAAGUUUCAAAAUUACAAGUUGAUUUAUCAAUCAAAUCACAAUAUGUUUCAAAUUCUGUGAAAAUUCAGAAUUUAUUCAUUUUUGAUAUUAUUUAUCAUAAUGGAUGUAAUAUUAAUGGAACUUAUAGAAUAAAUCAGGAAAAAUAUCAAAAUAUAAAUCGAGAAGAUCGGAAUUUUGAAAGAUCAGUGUUGAAGAAUUUUGAAAUAUUAUCUGGUUACACUGGAGUUCAUAACAUUGUUCUACCUUCAAAAUCUGAUUGGUCCGAACAUUUUAUGUUUCAUUUAUUUGGACAAAAUAAGGAAAAUCCAUUAUAUUUUUAACUUCAAUUCAAAAAUAAGAAUGAUGAAGUUGGAUAUCAAUAUUUUAUUGAAAAUAAUACACUUAAAGUUCGAUAUCUUGAAAAAUAUUAUCAGAAUAGAAGAUGGAAUAAUCGAUUUUUCAAUGAAAUUGUCAAAAAUGUGACACAUUCAAAUAAAGGAUUGAGUAUUCUAUUUUAUGACACAAAAUUUAAAGAUUUUCAAAAUCAAGAAACUGCUUUGAUAGGAGAAAAUGAAUUAAUUAAUAUGCAACAUCAUCAUCCAUGUCGAGAUAAAAAUGAUUGUGAAUUUGUCAAAAAUCAAAUAAUUAUCAAUUCAAAUUCAUCUACAAUUUUUGUUUUAUUUCUGAUUUCAAAAAUUAUUUUGGAAAAACUUUGCCAUUUUAUAAAAAUUGCAAAUCAAUCGAUAAUCCUUUAUAUUUCUAUUCUGAAUCGAGAUCUGUUAUUGUUAUUGGAGGAAUUAUAUCAAAAACAUCAAGAAAAUCUUCGAAAAUUUUUGAAUUUCCAAAUAUUCAGACAAGGGAACGAAUUAUGAUUUUGAGAAGAAAGGAAAAGAAAAUCAAAGAUUGUGAGUUGAUUUAUGGAAUUUUUAUUAUGAAUUCUGAAAAUUUAUUUUUUCAGAUGCGGUGAUUUUCAGUGUUCUUGGAAGUUUCACAAUAAUAUCAAUUGCUAUUCAAAUCUUCAAUUUCAUGCAUAUUUUUGUUGUUUUCAUGUGA